GUUUAUGCGACGUACAGUCCCAGCGUGUGGAAAAAAUGGCGGACGCAAUGAACGUCGGUGUGAAUUUAGAAGCAUUUUCUCAAGCAAUAAAUGCUAUUCAGGCACUUCGUUCGAGUGUAACAAGGGUUUUUGACUCUCUGAAAGAUGGGAUGAAAAACAAAGAAACCCUUGAAGGACGCGAAAAGGUUUUUAUUACCGAGUUUCAAGAUAACCUGCAGUCUGUGAAUCGCGACUUGAAUGAAUUGGAACGCCUCAGUACGCUGGUUGGCAGACCUUCAGAGAGUCAUCCCCUUCACAACAGUGGCCUGCUGAGUCUGGACCCAGUUCAGGACAAGACUCCGCUGUACAGUCAGCUCCUUCAGGCUUACAAGUGGUCUAACAAGUUGCAGUACCAUGCUGGCUUGGCGUCCAGUCUCCUUAACCAGCAGUCAUUGAAGCGCUCAGCUAACCAAAUGGGGGCAUCUGCCAAGAGAAGACCCAAAGUCCAGCCCAGUACCCUGGUUCUGCCACCACAGUAUGUGGACGACGUGAUAUCAAGGAUCGGCAGGAUGUUUCCAGACAUGUCGAUUGAACUCUUCCGACCCAACGGGACGUCAGCAGUACUUCUGGUGACGUUGGGGAAGGUGCUGAAAGCCAUCGUGGUGAUGAGAAGCUUGUUCAUAGACCGGACCAUCGUGAGAGGAUUCAGCGAGAAUGUGUAUUCCGAGGAUGGCAAGCUGGAUAUCUGGUCAAAGUCAAACUAUCAGGUAUUUCAGAAGGUUACGGAUCAUGCCACCACUGCUCUGCUGCACUACCAACUUCCACAAAUGCCCGACGUGGUGGUACGGUCCUUCAUGACCUGGCUAAGAAGCUACAUCAAGCUGUUCCAGACCCCUUGUCAGCGCUGUGGAAAGUUUCUGCAAGAUGGACUUCCCCCGACCUGGAGAGACUUUCGUACCCUGGAGGCCUUCCACGACACGUGCAGGCAAUGAGGAAACGGUGGGGACAGGUUCCAUUGGAAACUGCUCUGACAACUCAUCUGAUAAGACGAGAGCAUGUCAAGACUUCACCUUCUCUUCAACCUCUGUCUACAUUGUGCAUGUAGAUCAACAACCCCGGGAUAUAUAGACUAUCAUGCCCGGUAGUCCACUUCCUGGUUGAAUAGGCAUCAGGUAGCCGACUGGGAUGAAGAGAGGGCUUCAGUACGUAGGGGGAAUUCCAGUUUACAGACGUCAACAUCCAAAUUAAAAUGCCAAGACUGCCACCGUUGACUCUUCCAUCAUUAACAUGACAUGAAUGUUGUUUAGGUCUGUAAGUCCCCCCCUCCCCUGCUGUGUAUGAUGAUGUCAUAUUAAUGAGUCUACCUUUAACCUAAUCUCACACAGCUGACCAAAUGUUUGCCUCAUAGAGAGUUGUUCAUUGCUCCUACUCCAGUCCCCUGGUUGUGCGGCAACCCUUUUCUUCUGUUCCACACAACUCUCCAAAUAACAAAAUAAAAAGUUAUUUUGCAUCAAAGGCUGAGCGAACAUAUUCAUGCCCCAAAUCUUGUGCUGUUUUUUAGCAUUGUGUUGUAAUUGGUCACUUUUAUACAAGAGCUGGGUUUAAUAUUUCUUGAUCUAUGCUGGAUAUGUGGAGGGAAAAGUAUUUUUUGUGAGGUGGUUGUUAAAAAGUCAACUUCAAAAAGUAGGUCAUGACCCUUAUGUAUUUAGAUGGCAAGCGAAGGGAAUUGCUAAUUUUGUACAGAUGUAAUAUCUUAAUUUUAUCACCCUAUUGCAGGAGAACCUAUUGCAGGAGAACUUUCCUGCAAUGCAGGAAAUUUUUAACUUGUAGUCUAUUUGAGGUUUUAAAAGUUUGUAAUUUCCAUUUAGUAGUUUGACUUGAUUUUCCCUUACAAAAAAAUGUAUCAACCCCUACAUAAAAUGUCCAUAAAUUAUAAUCCACAUAAUAAUUUCAGUUUCCUGUUGCUGCAGGAUUAUUUUCUUGCUGUACCAAACUGGCUCAAAUGAAGAUCCUACAUCUGUAGAAUUAGAUGCCUGCCUUUUUGUACAUUUUCAAAAUAGUAUUUUUUUAUAACCAUUGUCUAAAUAAAGUACAGAAUUGUUUUAA